GGAUGGUUAAAAAGAAAGAAAACGAGAAAGAGGCAGGGAAUAAAAAGGAAAAGGGCCGGGCCGGCUCGUGUUUCAGCCUUCCAGGGUUGGGUGUAAUCCUAACUCUGUACUCACAACACCGACUCUCGCAGUCCCACACUUGGAGUCCGGAGGACCACUCCGGGGGCGGCGGGGUUCAGGGACUCCCCAGCGAGCGUUGCAGCAGGUGUGGCCUUCCCGGUAUUUUUUUACCACUUGUGCCGCUGAUAGAAGAUCCAGAUCCAGGCGGCUGCUUCUUUAAACCAACCGUUUGCUUUUUAACGCCGGAGCCGAUGUCAACAACACCAGUAGAAACAACAGAAGCAAGUGUGAAAAGAAGAAACCGACAGGAUUUUGUUUACGUGAGCAUGAAUGUAACUUUCAGCUGGCUUCGAAUCUUCUCAUCUGCUUCAACACCAAGGGGCUACGUAGUUAAUGUGAGAUAACGACGGGGGAGAACGGCACCCAACAACACGCAUAAACAACAACCACUGAUCUGCUGCGACUGGAAACUAUCUUGGUGUAAUUUAAAAAACACUCUCUCCGCCCWAAGCGUGUGUGGAGAGGGGCUGUGGUUUCCAGAUUACUGGAGUUUCUUAAUUACUCUUUUUGGGUUUGGGAAUGACGCCGGGAGUCUUGAAACCAAAUGGAAGGGAACAAACAUGAGGAAAAUGAUUUAAAGGCGUCAUUGUGGCCCAGCAGAGAUGAUGUGAAGGGGGCUGGAAGUCUGAAUUGUCUGUCAGAGUCAUGAAGUCUGCAACCAAAGUGACUCUUGUGUUUCAGGACAUAUAUGGAUUUGAAGAKUGUAUUUGCAAUCUUUGGAAUAGUGUCUAAAUAUUAACAUACCUGAGUGAAACUCGGUUUAAAACACGGUUUGGUCUGCUGUCCUUCCAUUCUGGAUUCUGUUUCCCUSAGUGAGGAUGAGAGGAGACAGGAGAUCCGCUUCCUUCCACAAGGAGAAGCCCGCAGGCCUGUCUCGGGCUCUCAGUUGGCUCAACCUCUCCCACCAGAGGAAGCGCAUCUUCCACAGCCAAAACGAGCUCCACGUGGCCCACAACCGCCACACACACUCCCGCUCGCGCACCAGCCUUCAUUUGGCGCACAAAGACGAGGAUGAAGACGUCGACAACUGGGUGUACCGGCCUCAACACAAAAUAG